GUAGUAUAUCAACGGAAUGCAACACAUUAUCCUGUAAAUUUCAUGAGAAAUGUUGCUCUCUAUGGUGCUAAUACUUCCCAUAUUUGGAUGAUCGAUGCCGAUUUCACACCAAAUAAGGAUGCAUACCAGCUAAUAAAGAAACAUAUACACCGAUUCAACUGGAAUACAACUCGACUGGCAUUGGUCACACCAGCAUUUGAGACGAACCUAACUGAGGGUGGAGUGCCCGACAAUAAAACGCAACUGUUGCAGAGACUUAACCACAAGAAUAAAACAAUACAUACAUUUAGCUUUUCCAGAUGCCCUGGUUGUCAUGAAAAGACAAACUGGGCAUAUUUUAUAAAAGCUACCAAACCGUAUAAGAUAGUAGGUGGUGGACUAUUCGAACCUUAUGUUAUCCUUCAAAGAAAGACUAUUCCAGUUUACGACGAACGAUUGAUUGCUAGGCAUUUGAACAAAAUACUCUAUGAUUAUGAAUUAUUUGUUUUACAGUAUGCGUUCUAUGUCUUACCAGAUGUCUUUAUUGUUCACGAGCCUCAUGAACGGAUAAUUCAGCCAUACACUGAACAAAUAUGUUUGAACCAAAUAGGACAACUUAUAAAGAUGGAAUUAUGGCGUAAAAGAAAUAUUUUGAAAAACGUAAAGAUAAGAAAAGUGAAUCAGACAAACCUUCUGUAGACUCCUGAAAUAUACUCCAUUUAGCAAACAGAACCGACAGAGCGUGAUGGUUAGAAUCCAUGUGUGCGUGCGUCCGUGCAGGCGUUCCGUAUGUGGACGUUUAUGAUUAUGAUAUUUUGUUAUGUAAUGAUAUACUAGCCAAAACUUAUAAUCACAGGCUGGUAUCGAAAUAUUUGUCCGCUGUGACGGAGCAUGCUAUUUUUCAUAAAAACACUAAGAAUGCCUCACGAUUUAUUUUUUAACUCAUAUGUUUCG